UCCAACGAGUCCUUGAAACACGUCGUAAAAGGGCAUCGUUUCGCCCGUAAACUUGCUUUCCUUUCGGUGCUACACGAUAAUAAAAACGUUGGAAAAAUGAAACGAAGAGAAAUUUUUCGACGCCGAAAGAAUCGAAUAGCAUCGUAUAUUCGUAUAUUCAUUAAGUGCGAUCAAGUUAUUCCAAACGAGAUCGUAAAUUUUGGGAAGAGUUCAUCGCAUUGUACAAGAGUUUCCCGUGUUUGUGGGAUAUAAGAUCGAAGUCGUACAUGGACAGAAAUCUAAGGAACCAUGCGAUGGACGUUUUAAUCGACAAAUGCAAAGAGAUAAAUUCUAUGUCGAAUAAAGAUUUCGUUAAUAAAAAAAUUCACAACUUGCGAUGCAGUUUCAGAAGAGAGUUGAAUAAAGUUAAACGGGCGAAAGCGUCCGGGAAAAACGUAUACGUACCGAGUCUCUGGUAUUUCGAUAAUUUAAGUUUUAUAACAAACUGCGACGAUGCGAAGAAGGGGGAAAAUUUUAACGAUGCUGAUGCGGAUUUGGAAAUUGAUCGUGACGAUAAUGUAAGACAAGACGACAUCGAUAUAAGAGGAAAUAAUUUAUCGCCAUGUUCGGAAGUGUCGAGCAGGCCAAGUUCUUCUUUAUCAUCAACAUCUUCGGUUACGAAAAAAGUAUUGAAGCGAAAAAGAAAAAACCAUCAGUUAGCAACCGAGAUGACAAAUACAAGCUUAAAUGACAAAACAUCUAAUUCGCGUGUUCAAGAAGAUUGGCUUGAUAUUACAGGGAAAAAGAUUGCUUACGAUCUUCGAGAAUUGAACGAGCGGCAAAGAAUAAUAGCGGAAAAACUAAUAAGCGAUGUUAUAUUCUAUGCAAAAUUAGAUAAAUUGAACGAGAAUUAUUCGAUAACCGAUGCACAACAGACUUUUUUCAACGUGAGGUUGAAAAACGAGAGAGAGAAUAAUAAUUCUUUGUCGUAAAAUUAUUUCAAAUUUCAAAUUUGUAAAUUUCUAAACAUAUCUGUGUGUUGAACAUUUUAAUCGUAAGAGCAUUUUAAUCGAAUGUAAUAAAAGUUUUUAAUUAUUUUUCUAGUUAUUAAGAAUUUGUGUAAAAAAAAAAAAAAAAAAGAAAAAAAAUAUUUGAAUAAAAAAUUUUUUUA